CCAGGGCCUUAGUCUAAUGGGAUUUACAAACCACCAUCCAGCAUCUUCUCUACCUACACUUUGCCAUAUCUUCCGAUCUUCCUCUUCCUCUUCCUCCUCUUCCCCUCCCCGCUCACCCUUCCCUCCCAACAACCGCAAUGGUCUCCUCCGACGAGCCCCAGUCUCUCAAGUCCAUCUUCCAGGCCGCCGAGGACCAGCGCCGCGUGCUGGAGAUCACCACCCUCCCCGCCACCUCACCCGCCUACCGCAGCGAGCUCGACGAUGCCCUCGCGCUCUACGCCCGCGCCCGCGACCAGCUCUCCCGCGUCGCCAUCUUCUCGCCCAACGAGGCCGCCGAGGACAUCGCCACCGCCGACCUGCCCUACCUGCUGCUCGACUUCCACUACGCCGAGCUCGUCCAGCGCACGCCCGGCCUCAAGCUCGACGAGCGCGCCGACGUCCUCGCCUCCUCCCGCGCCGCCUACGAGCGCUUCCUGGCCCUCGUCGACGGGUACUCCCUCGUCAGUGCGCCCUACGAUCGCCUAGUCGAGCGCUACCGCGACGACCCGAAUGCCUUCGCCGUCGUCGCCGGCAGCGACAUGGCUGCCCGCCGCGAGGGCAAGAUUGCAAACUACAAGGCCGAGAAGCAGCUCAAGGAGAAGCUCGAGGUGCUGCGUCGCAACCCGCGCUACCUCGACCACGGCGACGAGGAGAUUGUCCGCGAGCUACACCUCACUCACCUCACCUUUGCCGUCCACACGACCAUGCAGGCCCUCGACUCGCUCAAUCGCGAGUUCGACAUGAUCGCCCAGGCGCCGCGGCCCGACCCCGAGUCCGACAGCGUCGCAGCCAAGCCCGACAGCAACGACACGCGCCUCGACCAACCGCUGGGUAGCCUCACGAACCGCGGCGGGCCUCUCCUGUCCACGCAGGGCAAGCCCCUGCAGCCCUUCACGCUCGUCGGCUCCCGGACCGACCGGACGCGCGGCGUGUUCCGCUCCGGCCACAACCUGCCGACCAUGUCCAUCGAUGAGUACCUCGACGAGGAGAAGCGCCGCGGAAACAUCCUGCAGGGCGGCGUGGAGGAAAAGCCUGUGGUGGACGAGGACGACAUGGAGGCCGCGGACCAGGCCACGUACAAGGCGCGCGCGUGGGAUGAGUUUACCGACCAUAACCCCAAGGGCGCUGGCAACACGCUCAACCGGGGCUAAGGUUGAAUAUUCAGGGUUUUCUUGUUGCGGUUUUCUAUAUUUAAUUUUCACGAGGAUGAUAUGAAAGAUGGGAAUAGAUCUUGUUGGGUAUGGCAUGCAUGGUGAACAUUACUGGCGUUUAAUCGGGACGGAGGAACGACAACAUGAGAAAUCCAAAACGAAACAACUUGUAGAGCAGGAAAUGGAAAAUCGAUUGAUACCCCC